ACACAGAUAACCCAGCCGUGUGUUCCUAUGCUGGAGGAAGAUUACUGCGCGGACAGACGCGACGCGACGCGACGCGUACCGCGGAUCACACGAAGCUUGUUGUAGCAACACGAGUUUCCAAGGGAGGAGAUGCAGAGACCCUCAGUGCAGACACAUUCACACCAUGAUGCACAGCUCAGAUCAUAUCUGACUUGACAUUUCAGUCCAGCAGUAGAGUGUCUUUAGCAUGAGUCUGUCAAUGGCUGCUGAUGCGGUGGAGGCAGACUGUGAUCUGACAGCAGAAGAGCUCUCCUUCAGCAUGCAGAGCCUCCAGUGUCAGGAUGGUCUGGAUCCGAAGAGCUCGCCCCCCUGGAGAAAGCUUGUUUUGACGCCUGAAUGCAUCAGUCCGCCGCUCAACACCCUCUCCUGGGAGAGAGAGACGCCGACAGUCUCUGCAGUAAGAAGAAGACGAGCAAGAAGCCUGUCUCCUGACUCCUCUUCAAACACGCCCAGGAGUCUGUGGAGGAACUGUCACGAUUCUCCUACCAAUAAGGAGAACGAGCGUGCAAUUAAGAGACUGCGUGUGCGGCUCUCCAGUAGAUUCUCCGCUGCAGAUGAAGCCGAACCGGGCCGAACAUGGAGACAGCACCGCAGUGACCCAGAAGAGGAUGCCAGUCUCCCACGAGAGACGAGUGCGGUCGACCCGGUGGCCGCUGCGAGGUUCAGUCAGCUGAGGUCACGGUGGAAAGCCCCGCCCACACACGUCACUCAGGACGCCGUCACUGACCUCACUCUCAUAGGAGACUUCAGUAAGCAACACCUGCUUCCUGUUGAGAGUGGCGGCCAUCAGGAGCUUCACUGUGUCAGCGCUCACACUGUGGCGUCACUGAUCAGAGGUCAGUUUGGUCCUGCAGUCGAGGAUUUCCUCAUCGUUGACUGCCGUUACCCAUACGAAUACCAAGGAGGACACAUUAAGGGAGCAGUGAAUCUGUACACUGAGUCUCAGAUUCAGCAGGCGGUGCAUCAGGCCUCAGCGGGAGCCCAACUUUCGCCUCGAAACGCCUCGUCCUGGAGGAUGAGGAUGAAGGGACGUCUGUCUGACUCACUCCCAGAGGAGGAGGGGUCGUCGCCACGGAAACUGAUCAUCUUCCACUGCGAGUUCUCAUCGGAAAGAGGCCCACAUCUGUGUCAGUAUCUGAGGAGGCUGGACAGACAGGCCAAUGUGUAUCCCAGCCUGCACUAUCCGGAGCUCUACCUGCUGCUGGGGGGUUACAAACACUUCCAUGCCUCUUACCCGGAUCUGUGUGAUCCCUGCGGUUACGUGCCCAUGCGCCACCGCGAGUACCGGGAUCAGCUGCACGGAUACCGCAGGAAACGGCCAACACGGCAGCAAAGACGACGGCCAACAAUCAGAGUACAUCAGAGAACCACACGCUAAAUACUAUAUAUACACACACACACACACACACACAUACAUAUACAUAUA